AGACAUUUGGUUGUUUUGACUUUUAACAACGGAGAACGAUUUACACUAUGUCGCGCGAAGCAGGCGAUCAGAACCCUAGAUUCUUCGUCGCCGUGCAUGUUGGCGCGGGAUACCACUCGCCGUCGAAUGAGAAAGCCCUCCGCAAUGUCAUGAAACGGGCCUGCCUCGCCGCUGCUUCCAUUCUCCGAAAGGGUUCAAGUCGAUGUAUAGAUUCUGUUGCAGCGGCAAUUCAAGUUUUGGAGGAUGAUCCUUGCACGAAUGCAGGGCGAGGAUCAAAUUUGACUGAGGAUGGUCAUGUAGAAUGUGAUGCAAGUAUAAUGCAUGGUGACUCUGGAGCAUUUGGCGCUGUUGGAGCAGUGAGAGGGGUGCGAAAUGCCAUUCAGGUUGCUGCUUUGCUGGCCAAAGAACAGUUUCUUGGUUCACCACUGCUGGGUCGAAUAACUCCAAUACAUUUGGUUGUUUUGACUUUUAACAACGGAGAACGAUUUACACUAUGUCGAGCGAAGCAGGCGAUCAGAACCCUAGAUUCUUCGUCGCCGUGCAUGUUGGCGCGGGAUACCACUCGCCGUCGAAUGAGAAAGCCNACCAUCUAUUUAUGGUGCACAUCGACUCUGUUCCAUGCAAGGUUAGCAGAAGAUAAACGUAAAAUUUUGCUGAUAAGCCGAGAAAUUACUUCAUUAGUUGCCUAUGGGGCUGUGGUUUUCUUGUUACAGGUAAGUGGACGUGUCGGAUUAGCCGCAAUGUAUGGUUCCGGUUGUUGGGCAUCAUCAAAAGGGCCUUUUGCAGCUCCUUUUAUCGUUGGUUGCUGCGUAAGUGGUGCUGGAGAGUACCUAAUGAAAGGAUUUGCUUCUCGUGAAUGCUGUGUAUCAUCAGCAUUGUCUCAGGCUGGUCCAGCCUCAGCUUGUACAAAGGUUUUGCUCUCUGUUCGUGAAAAUGACCAAUGUAACACUGAUAGAAGUGCUGGAAUUUUACUAGUGCAAGCUGAAGCUCCUGAAAGGGUUCCUGGUAGUUCAGCUAAGCUAGAAGCUGUUGAGAUUGCGGCUGUCUAUACUUCCUCAUCUUUUGGAAUUGGUUAUUUUGGAAGCUCUAUGGGGCGGCCAAAGGCGUCUAUUCUACGGAGUACAAGACUACAAAAACAAACUGGAGCCGAUCAGUUUGCAGAACGAAUUAAUCUUGUGGCUUAGAGUUUCAAGACUACAAAAACAAACGGGAGCAGGUCAGUUUGCAGCACGAAUUAAUCUAGUAGCUUAGGUUAUUGGCUUUCGUUGAAAACAGAUUAAUGUGGUUAUCACAAAUGCCUCCAGUUUUUGGUUUUUGCUGGCGGAUGAAAUUAUCGUUCUUCUGGGAUUGAGAUUGAAAAUAUGCUAUCUAAAAGAUUUUAUUAUUUGUACGCCUGGGGAGUUUUUCUUGCCCAAAUAAGAAACAGAAAAUGAUUGUGCUGUGUUGAUCGAAAUUUGAACUGUCAGCGUAUUAACA